AUGCCGCUCAAGAAAGCGCGCACCACCUCGCCUGCGGCCGAGCGCCGUGAGCGUCUUACUCUGGAUAAACUGGCUAGCUAUGAUGAUGUCGCAACGGAUGCGCUUGUUGAUCACGCUUACUUUUGGACCACUACGCGAAAGAAUCGCAACAAAUACAACCCAGCCCGCGGCAUCCAUGACGACGAUGUCGGCCGCAUUCUCCUCCACGAUGUGGUGGUCGCAAAGGACUCAGCCGUGGCGGAAAAAAAGCUGCUGGAAUUACCAGGCCUUCGCAAGUAUGUGGCCAAUCUCAAAGGCUCUCGCGACAAGGACUGGUUCUGCCGCCAUCUCCGCAAGUACAUUCAAAUGUAUCAGCCCGACUGCCCCUUCGAGGUCACGACCACAAAUCGGUACAUUAUCACCCAACACGAGGCGGCAAUCUGCGCCCGAAAGUUCAUCAAGGCUGGCCAGGAGAUCAAGUAUCUGUCUGGGACAUUGGUCGCGAUGACCAAGGAAGAAGAGAUGGACUUGGGACUCACUCGCAAGGAUUUCAGCGUGGUCAUGUCUAGCCGCCGCAAGACCCCCUCUUUCUUCCUGGGGCCCGCGCGAUUCGCCAACCACGACUGUGACGCCAACGGUCGCCUGGUAACCCGAGGCACGGAGGGGAUGUCUGUCAUGGCCACUCGCGACAUCCAUGAAGGAGAAGAAAUCACUGUCUCCUAUGGCGAGGACUAUUUUGGAAUCGACAAUUGCGAGUGCCUGUGCCAGACUUGUGAGCGUGCGGUGCGCAAUGGGUGGGCGCCCCCGGUCAAAGCAGACGAGGACAUCUCAGAGGAGUCAACCGGAUCGACCAAGAAGCGUCGCCGAGACUCGGACUCGGAUGCGGAGGAUGCAUCCUUGGCCUGCGCCUCUUCCAACAAGCGGGUCAAAUUCACUCGCCAGACCUCCAAGCUGUGCGAGGAGAUCUGCAUGUCCGAUGUCGCGCUCGAGACCACCGCAACUCCCGAGUCCGACAACCCUCCCACCCCCGACUCGGACACCGACGUCCCCGUCGUCCCCGCGGGUAUCGCUGGUGAGCGCCAGAUCUCUAAGUUGAGACAGGAGAUCGUGGUCACUGAGGACGUUCACUCGUGCCUGGAGACGUUGCUUCCGUCGACCCAGGAGAGCCAACAGCCACAACUCAGUGUGACAGAUCUUUCGGCCGUGGACGCGGAUGAAGUCAUCCUCGUCAACCCGACCCCCAUCUCCGAGCCCGUCAACGGCCCGAAUGAUCGUCUCUCACCUAGCUUCACUGCCGAAAGUCAUCGAUCUUCGACUUCCACCCUCCUCACUUCUGUAGAUGACACUGACGCGAAAGUGAAGAUCGAGACACCCGCACCCGCUGACCACUCCGACUCGCCCACCCACUCCUAUCCCGCCCACCAUUCCGACCACGCCAACAUUGCUGGCCAUUGCGACCACCCAGAUCCUUCCCAAGGAGAAUACCAUGAGGAUCACUCCGAUAGCCCCCCUACAGACGAUACCCUCCAGACCGUCGUGGCUAAGAAGCGAAAGCCCCGCCGCAAGCGGAACUGGGCGGUUGUGGCUUCGGUCGAGGAUGAGGUUCCCGUCGCUCGCACUCCCGGGGACUACACCAAGACGUCCCGGCUCCUGGCUCAAAAGUACGACCGCUGGGUAGACUGCCAGACCUGCGAGUCGUGGUUUGUGCAGUCCAAUUCCUACCAGACCCGGCGCGAAUGCCCUCGGUGCGAGCGGCACUCGAAGAUCUACGGGUUCCAAUGGCCCAAGACCGACAAGGGGCCCGGCCGCGAGGAACGGGUGAUGGAUCAUCGCACGAUCCAUCGCUUCUUGUCGCCCGACUCGGAAGCCCGUGUCUCGCGCCGCGACCGCGGUAUCAGCUUUGGGGUCACGCCUACGCCUGAGCUUUCCGAUGCCCGCACCGCGACGCCCCUUGGGGAUGGUCAUGAGCCGCGCCACAACACCCGCGCCAGCCGGCGACGUGUCCGCGACUUACGAAUGACGAUGUAG